UUUUGCUGGAAGGGGAGGCGCGUUUACUUUUAGUCUCCGUCACUUAUCCCGGCGGUAUCGCGGUUCUUAGCGUCCUCUGAUCUCUGAGCCUUCCCCAACCUAGAGAGCUUUUCCUUUCGCGCUCUGAUUCCAGGACCUUCUCCACGACUAAGCCAUCCUCCCUGCCAGGUGUCCUUUUGAUGUCUUGACCUCUGUUUUAUCAAGGUCAGCUCCAAGGCUCCGAACUCUGGCCUGGGAUGUGAGGGGUUACAGAGCCUGAAUUCUCUGGUCUUUAGCCCUGGGCUCCAAAUUCCCGCCGUUUAGGCGCCCCACCCUAGAGCCAAGCCUUGAUUCCCGAGUUUCUAAAACUCGCCUGGGAUAACACAGUAACUCUUAAUUAAAUUCCUCUCCGAGCCUUGCAACCCAGCCCCAAACCACAGAUCUAGUUCCGGAUAAGGGAUCCGCCCUGUUAACCCCUGCUUCCAUCGUUCCAAGUGUCCGUCCUUGUCCUUUCAGGCCCACUCUUCACCCAAGUUCUGGAACUCCGCGCUAAAACUUUCAGAACGUCCAUUCCUGCAACUAACUCAUUUUUAGAGUAUCCAUCUGGCCCCGAUUCUUGAUCUUCCAGCACUUGCAUGUCAUAGACCCCAAAAUGAUUUCUGGAUGUUCUCCCCUGGUAGACCCCCCAGCCCCUCCACAAACCCUUGUUCCCCAAACCCCCAUCACUCCACUUCCUCUACCCCCAAAUGUCCCCAAUUUAGCUUUUCCACCUCCCUCAAGUCUCCAGGCCCCUAUCCCCCCACCCCCACCCCCCCUGCCACCUCCACCCGCUGUCAGGAGGCUGGCUCCCCCUCAUGUCUUCGGCCUAGAGAAGAGCCAGCUCCUGAAGGAGGCCUUAGAGAAGGCCGGCGCAGUCCCCAGGAGCAGAGAUGACGUGAAGAGGCUCCUGAAGCUGCACAAGGACCGUUUCAGAAAUGACUUACAAUGGAUCCUCUUCUGUGCAGACGUGCCGUCCCUCAUCCAGGAAGGCCCUCAGUGCGGGCUGGUGGCCUUGUGGAUGGCAGGCACACUCCUGGCACCACCCAGCGGUGUUCCCCUGGAGAGACUUGUGGAGAUAGCCAUGGAGAGAGGCUACACGGCCCAGGGAGAGAUGUUCUCUGUGGCCGACAUGGGCAAGCUGGCCCAGGAGGCACUGGGCUGCCAGGUGGAGCAGCUCCAUGGUGGCCUGGGUGGUCCCAACAGAGCCCGCGUCCUGUGGCACCUUGUCUCUGGGCAUCCCCUGCUCAUCCCCUACGAUGAGGAUUUCAACCAUGAGCCGUGUCAUAGGAAGGGCCACAAGGCCCACUGGGCAGUGAGCACAGGGGUCCUGCUGGGUGUGCGGGCUGUGCCGCACCUCGGCUACUCUGAGGACCCCGAGCUGCCAGGUCUAUUUCACCCGGUGCCCACCACGCCCCACCAGCCACCAGCCCUGCCAGAAGAAGGCUCCGCAGGAGCCGUCUACCUUCUCUCCAAGCAGGGCAAGAGUUGGCAUUACCAGCUGUGGGACUAUGACCAGGUCCAGGACAGCAACCUCCAGCUAACAGACUUCUCGCCCUCAAGGGCCGCCGACGGCCGGGCGUACGUGGUACCUGCUGGCGGGGUGCGGGCCGGCCUCUGUGGCCAGGCCCUGCUGCUCAGACCACGGGACUCCAACCCCUAGCCUGCCGCAGCCCUGAGC